AUGAGUGGACAGCGGUCGACCUCCGCACCAGCGCCGCCUAUUCCUCGGGAGAAGGGCAGUAAUAUGGACUCCCUUAUGACGCUUAUGGAGCUACGGUUCAUGACGAGGGGUCUUCCGCCAGAGCUUUGGGGUGAUGACCUCGGGGAAUACCUCGAUGAGGAAGCCCUACGGUGUUGGACGGACCUGCUACGAUCCGGCAUGGGCCACUACGCACGCGACAGUCGAACAUCUGGUAGUACGAGGACAGGAGCGGGCAGCAUUAAAUUCCUCGACAACCGCACUGCCGACAGAACAGCAAUCUCAACGUUUAAACGAGGGAGCCUAGACGUUGUGGGAGGCAAACGUGCUAGCCCGUCAAAUCGUGGUAGAGGUGUGAUGUGCGCAGUAGCGACAGAGCCUAAUGCCAUUCCAGUCUCCCCUCGGUGGGAAGAGAAGCUGAUCGAUAAGGAGCAAGGGGCACCAGUGGACGGUCUAGGGCCGCCCGCUUGUUGGAAGCUGUCCGCAGAGCGAUGGACAGCUGCACAGGCUACUUCAGGCAACAGGGAGGUGGCGCAUGAUGCCGACAACAGCCGAGAAGUGAAUGACGGAGUAUCCCUUGAAAACAGUCAGUCCGUCACAAACGUUGAGUUGCCACCGUGGUGGCGGGAGCUCGUUGUCAAUGAGGGCUCUAAAAAGGAAGGAAUGUUGUGCAGCGUGGGUACGCCGCCCGUACUACCCGUGGAGGUGGUAGGGCAUUCCUGUGAGGCGCGCCCAGACAAUGGAGCCUCACGCAGUUUCAUCAACCCUCGAUUGGUUGACACCUUACAGCUGAAAGUGAGGAAACGUUCGGAUGUGCGUGUAUUUACCGUAGCGAACGGUGCUCAGUUGCGUAUUGAUCGAGCCGUGGAGAAUUUGAGGGUCUGGUGUGGACGUGAAUGCUUUACCGGGGAUUAUCUAGUGGGCCCAGUUCCCUGUGAUAUAGUCCUCGGAUUUGAUUGGUUGACGAGACAUAAAGUUGCCUGGUACUUCCAAUCGGAUAAGUUGAGAACGCAUCUGGAUGGCAGGUGGUGUGAAUUGCCCCUAGUGCGCACACACAUGGACAAACCAACUGAAGACGACCGCCAAACCGCGCCCAAACGGACUCCUGCAGAAGAAGCGUACGAUCUUCUGGCUCGGCAGGUGGCUCAGAUGACUGAAGCGGAGGCCGCUGCCCUUCUACGGUCGCCUCCUAAGCGAACUAAGCAACGCACCAAGAAUUGGAAAGAAAGUGCCUUUUAA